AUGACCUCUUCUCCAUUCUUUUCCUCUACUUCUACUACAUCAACUUCACCUCAAUCAUCUCAUGAAAAUCAUGAAUCUCCUCCUCCUCGUCCUCGUCCUCCUCCUCCUCCUCUUGUUGUCAGACCUUGUGGUGCUUGUAAAGGCCUCCGUCGACGAUGUGUUGCAACAUGUAUCCUUGCACCAUACUUCCCCCCAACCCAACCCCUCAAGUUCUUGGCUGUUCACAGGGUGUUUGGAGCUAGCAAUGUCUCCAAGUUCUUGCAGGGAAUUCCAGAGUCUCAAAGGGCUGAUGCAGUGGAUAGCAUGGUUUACGAGGCGACAACAAGGAUUAGAGACCCAGUAUAUGGGUGUGCAGGUGUAAUUUGUAGUCUACAAAAACAAAUAAACCAGCUUCAGAUGGAGUUAGCUACUACAAACGCUCAACUUCUCAAUAUAACAUGUCAACAACAGGAAAACCUACAAGCAACCAACAACACAUGCAUGGAAAUGAAAGAAACUCAAAUGCCCACAUUGCAACCACGUCCUUACCUGGAAGAUUUCAAGUUUUGUGGUACUCCUUAUUCUUUCCAGAAUAGCGAAAAUUUCUCAUGGGAGAACUCAUUCUUUCCUUUUGAUGACAUAGAUUCUGGAGGGAUUUAG